AUGGCGGAGAAACAGCCUGAAACAGCAUGGAUUAAACCUCCCAGCACCCUGCCUUCAGAUCCCAUCAAGCUCAAGGGAAAGCCCUCGAGAAUGAGUCCAGGGUGCAUGUUGUCAGAAGAUCAGACAGUUCAUAUGAGAAAUUGGAGAUCUUUGCUCACAGCAAUGAAGCUUUUCGACAUCAUCUUGGUUUAUCGCAGGCUUAUCCUUAUGAUCCUCACCCCGCUGCUUUUGUUGCCACUGCCUUUAACAAUCCAAACCAAAGAAGCAGAAUGUGCAUAUACCCUCUUUGUUGUUGCCAUCUUUUGGCUCACAGAAGCCUUACCUCUGUCUGUAACAGCUUUGCUGCCUGGCUUGAUGUUCCCGUUGUUUGGAAUCAUGCCUUCUAAGCAGGUGGCAUCUGCUUAUUUCAAAGAUUUUCACCUACUGCUAAUUGGAGUCAUCUGUUUGGCAACAUCAAUAGAAAAAUGGAAUUUACACAAGAGAAUAGCUUUAAGAAUGGUGAUGAUGGUGGGUGUGAACCCUGCAUGGCUUACGCUGGGGUUCAUGAUCAGCACUGCCUUCUUGUCUAUGUGGCUUAGCAACACCUCUACUACUGCCAUGGUGAUGCCCAUCGUAGAGGCUGUAGCUCAGCAGAUCAUCCAUGCUGAAGCAGAGAUUGAGGCCACACAGAUGACAAAUUUCAAUGGAUCUACCAACCAUGGAUUGGAAAUUGAUGGUAUCAAGUUUCAAUAUGGCCAUAAAAGUGAUAAUUGUCCUGAAAAAAAUGAACUGAAAGAGAAAACCAGUCCAGUUUCAAGAUACAAUAAUGAUGCAAGGAAAAGCUCAGGAAAGAUGGAGUUGGAAAAGAACUCAGAAGUUGGAAGAUAUCGGACACAGAAGGACCACAUGAUGUGCAAACUAAUGUGUCUGUCCAUUGCUUACUCUUCUACCAUUGGAGGGCUGACCACUAUCACAGGCACAUCCACCAACUUGAUCUUUGCUGAGCAUUUCAAUUUGCGUUACCCAGAAUGUCGCUGCAUCAAUUUUGGAUCUUGGUUUUUGCUUUCCUUUCCGGCUGCAAUUAUUCUUCUAUUCUUGUCCUGGAUCUGGCUUCAGUGGCUUUUCCUUGGUUUCAAUUUAAAAGAAAUGUUCAAGUGUGGCAAGACCAAAACGGUCAAAGAACAAGCUUGUGCUAAUGUUAUUAAGGAAGAGUACCGAAAACUUGGACCAAUGAGGUUUCAAGAAAUUAUAACCUUGGUCCUCUUCAUUGUCAUGGCUCUAUUGUGGUUUAGCCGCGAUCCUGGCUUUAUUUCUGGUUGGGCCUCACUUUUUCCACAGUAUUCAGGCUUUGCUACAGAUUCAACUGUUGCCUUAACCAUAGGCGUCCUUUUCUUCUUGAUUCCAGCCAAGAAACUGACUAAAACUACAUCUACUGGAGAAAUCACUGCUUUUGAUUACUCUCCACUGAUUACUUGGAAAGAAUUCCAGUCAUUCAUGCCCUGGGACAUAGCUGUUCUCGUGGGUGGUGGGUUUGCCCUGGCUGACGGCUGCGAGCGUUCAGGAUUAUCUACAUGGAUUGGCCAACAACUAACACCUCUGGGCUCAUUGCCAGUUUGGUCAAUCAUUCUUAUAUCUUCUUUGCUGGUCACUUCUUUAACAGAGGUAGCCAGCAAUCCAGCUACCAUCACGCUUCUCCUCCCUAUACUAGCACCACUGGCUGAAGCUAUUCAUGUGAACCCCCUCUAUAUUUUGUUACCAUGCACUCUGUGUACUUCAUUUGCAUUCCUCUUACCAAUAGCGAAUCCACCCAAUGCCAUUGUCUUUUCCUAUGGCCAUCUGAAAAUCAUUGACAUGGUUAAAGCUGGUUUGGGCGUUAAUAUCAUAGGUGUUGCUGUAGUGAUGCUUGGUGUCUUCACAUGGGUGGUACCGAUGUUUGACCUCCAUACAUACCCUAGUUGGGCUCCUGAAAUUACUAAUCAUACAUUGCCAUGACCUUCAACCAGAAUGGAUCUUCUAAUUGUUGUGCAGGACAUUUUGAGAAAUAUUAAGAACACAUUAUAAGACUAGACAAUAAAUUGUUAAAUUGAAGAUUAUUUGAGGCAUCAAAACAAAGUGCAAGCCCUAAAAUUACAGUUGUUAUUCUAGUGCAUAUUGCAGGUAUUCCUUCACUUAUUACAAUUACUCUCAAGGAAGCAUGGUAGAAUGCUGUGUUUAGGGUAAAAAAAGACCUGGGAUCACAUCCUGUUAACUAUUCACUGUAUGAUUCUGGAUACAAUAUUUAAACUUUUUGUGCCUUAGGCAACAUCCUAGUAGUUUACUACCAAGAAGGUUGAAUUUCAAGUUGAGUGAAUUCCAGUACUAAUACUAGGAGAUUACCUAUGCUAAAGAAACCAUUGAUUCCUUAAGUAUUUGCUUAUUAUGAUCACUUCAUCAGGAGCUACAACCCCUUUGGGAUGAAGGCAAUGCAUUUCUUUCAUCAUCAUCAUAAUUACCAUCAAGCAAACCAUGCUUGAUGUCGAACUUGGGUCAUUUGCUUAUUGCUUUAUAGUAAGGGUUUACUCUUCAGUCUUCCAAAGGUAUCAGUCAAUUUGCUUUAUCAUACAUUUGGGGUUUAGUUUAACAUUCUGUACUUCAGUUAUGAAAGUUUGUAGCUGUCACUUUUAAAAUUCUUGUAAUUUAUUUGAAGUUUUAAAAAAUUACAAAAAGAAUGUGAUAUU